AUGCCGAAGGUCAACAGCAAAGAUGAUGUUGUCACGCUCCGCCAUUUGGGAGGGGCCUCUGUGGACUUUCUAGUGGAUUGCCUCACAGGAGUUACUGAUUACCCAAUGCUUCGCACGCACAAUGAGAAAGCACAGAAAUUUGUUGUGGAUUCAGAGGCCGUGUUGCAGGCCACGGUUUUGGAUUGUGUUUUCGAGAAACGUACGUUCAACAAGGCAACUGGUCCAAUCUGCAUUGCCAAGUUUGUGCUGGCCGAUGGAAGUUCUGCCGUUUGGAAAGCGGUGACAAGUAGCAAUUUGUCCGAACUUGUGGAGAUUGAAAUGGCCAAAACAGCCAAUUCAUCCGGGAUGUCUUCUAUCAAAGUUGGUAGUACUCUCACCAUUGAUAGUUAUAACUGGAUUCACCUUUCAAGUGAUGAGCCCCAUGUCUUUCGCCGUGUCAUGGUGGUCAACAAGUGUUCUUUUGUAGACCCACCGGAUACUGUGGAAGAAAGUGACGACGAAAGCUGCAAUUCGCCACCCUUGAAAAGGGGAAGUCUACGCUUCUUCGAAGAAGAGGAGGCUCUCUACCUUUCUACUGAGGAAGGCUACUUCUCCAGUUACGUCCCGGAUGUCAUUGAAGAUGCAAAGCAGAAAGGGGAUCUGAUCUUCACCGUUCCUUGUUGUCUUUUUGACCCAAAGACAAACAAGGGAUUGGUGUUUCAAGAGAAGGCGACAGUUGCACAGUUGAAGUUGGCUCACCCUUGUCAUGUCACAUGGAACAAAGCUGACUUCAAGAAGCUGUACCAAGACAUCCCAGAAGACUUCGACGAGGACGCCACAGUCCCAAUGCCGUGCGAAUGCGAGACUCGAUUUGGCUUAUCCACUUGUGCCAUUGCUUCGUUUCCUUUGUGCUUUCUUGACUUCGACCGAGUCUUCUACAGUCUCAAGGGGAAGGUUUCUGAAGAUGCACUGGAAGCUGAGGAAUUCUUCGACUUGUCUCCUCCCAAAAAGCGCUGGUGUGCUUACACGUACUACUCACUCAAUGUGUUCCAUCUUAGGAAGCGUACACGUCUUCCUGACUGUGUUGUCUAUGCGAUUAAGUUGAAGUUCAGGGAUGCGAAGGAUGCUGAAUCAAUUGGAACUCAGAGGAAGGAACCGCCAAAGGCGGAGUACACCACAGAGAAGGUGGCCUCGAAGAAGGUGAACAUGGAAUUGGAGGAAAAGAAAGAACGCGAUGAGUUGAAAAUGGUCGUUGACCUAGAAGAAGAGGAACGUGCUGUGAAAGAAGCUUUCGAAAAGGAAAGUAGACUCAGUGCAUUCCAUGCGUACACCGAAGAAGUCAAGUCGAUUUCGUCCAAGUCCGGUGACUAUUGGGAUAAUGCCAUCCGCAUUGCUCUUGAGUGGAAGAAUCGCUCCAAGCGCCUUGAUGACUCCCCCGGUUACAGCGUCUAA